GGCUUCCUUAGCUGCGGGGAGCUUGGCCAGAGGUCUGCAGCUGCUGGGUUCUGGCCUCGGAGGUCGCGGGUUCUGCUAUCGCGAUUCGGUUGUGGCGGUCGCGAUGUUUUUUUCUGAGGCUGGGGCCCGACCACGGACGUGGGAAGCCAGCCCCUCAGAACACAAGAAGUGGGUGAAAGUGUUUAAAGCAUGCGAUGAAGAUAACAAAGGCUAUCUAAGCAGAGAGGACUUUAAAGUGGCUGUUGUAAUGCUGUUUGGGUACAAGCCCACCAAGAUAGAAGCUGAUUCUGUGAUGUCUUCAGUAAAUCCAAACACUUCUGGCCUAUCACUUGAGGAGUUUUUAAGUAUUGUAAGAAAAAAGAAGGAAGUUCAACUCCAUCGGAACGAGAUAAGACACAUCUUCACAGCUUUUGACAGGCACUACCGUGGAUAUUUAACAUUGGAAGAUUUCAAGAAAGCAUUUAGGCAGGUGGCUCCCAAGUUAUCAGAACGGACCAUUCUGGAGGUAUUCAGGGAAGUAGAUCAAGACUCAGACGAUCUUGUGAGUUUUAAAGACUUUGAAUAUGCCAUGAACUAUGGACGAAAUGAAGCCUAACUAUGGUGAACUGCGUUUGGCAACUUCUGGGGAGACAAAGAGAUUGUAAUGUAUAUUUCCAUGUCAGGCUCCACCCCUCUGCUCUGCUAAUGAUGUAUUAAUAAGGUUCCAUGCUUGUGA